AUGAAAACAUACAUAACGACAUAUAGUAACAUACAGCAGAAAAUUAACACACGAAGCGCUCACAUAUAUGCAGCCACACACAUACAGAGAUGCAAAAAAACAGGACAUAACUUUUCAAUGGAGAUCAAUCUGAAGAAGCUAUGGGUCUCUUUAAUCGUGCUUUCUGCGAUUACGACCUCGGCUUUUGGAGACUUUGGAGGACCAUUGGUGAAGGGUUUCUACAAAGAGAGUUGCCCUUUAGCUGAAGAAAUCGUGAAGCAUAACGUCGAGGUUGCUGUGCUAAGAGAUCCUCGUAUGGCGGCUUCUCUUCUUCGCCUUCAGUUUCACGACUGCUUCGUCUUGGGUUGUGAUGCGUCUGUGCUCUUGGAUACACAUGGAGAUAUAUUGAGUGAGAAACAAGCAACUCCUAACGUUAACUCACUGCGUGGGUUCGAAGUAAUCGAUUACAUAAAGUACCUCCUCGAAGAAGCUUGUCCUUUAACCGUUUCUUGUUCGGAUAUCAUCACCAUAGCCGCUCGUGACUCUGUCUUCCUGAGAGGUGGACCAUGGUGGGAAGUUUUGCUAGGGAGAAGAGACUCAUUGAAGGCAAGCUUCUCCGGCGCAAACCAAUUUAUUCCGGCACCAAACUCUUCCCUCCACAGCCUCAUCAUAAACUUCAAGCAACAAGGCCUCGAUAUUCAAGAUCUCAUCGCUCUUUCGGGCGCUCAUACAAUAGGUAAAGCGAGAUGCGUGAGCUUCAAGCAACGCAUCGUUCAACCUAACAUGGAACAAACAUUCUACGUCGAUGAGUUCAAGAGACACAGCACAUUCCGGCGAAUCCUACGGUCACAGUGCAAAGAUUCUAGCCGAGAUAACGAACUGUCACCGUUGGAUAUCCAGACACCGGCUUUCUUUGAUAAUAAUUAUUACAUUAAUCUUUUGAAAGGAAGAGGGUUGUUGAUUUCGGAUAACGUUCUGGUCACUGAAGAUCAUGAAGGAGAAAUCUUCAAGAAGGUUUGGGAAUAUGCAGUGGAUCAAGAUCUUUUCUUCAUAGACUUUGUUGAAUCUAUGUUGAAAAUGGGUAAUAUCAAUGUUCUUACAGGAAUUGAAGGUGAAAUUAGAGAGAGUUGUAGAUUUAUCAAUGUCUGAAAAUUAAGGGUUAUAAAUUAACAGUGACAUGUGAUAGACAUCCAGUGAUUAGUGAUACGAAUUUUGCUCUAUUACAAAGUUGGUGUUUAGUCACGUUCUAAUUUCGGGUUAUGUGUAAUCACAAGCUUCGUACCAAUUCAAGAAUUUAUAAUUUUCAAUGUUCAGAGGUUAACAAAAUCAACAAAAAAAACUUAGAAAACUGUAAAUUAAGUUGGGAUUUUCUUCUGGGCAUCAGAUUAUCAUAAAGUUAACAUCAAAAAGAUUCAGACGCAAAUUACCCAUGAAAUGUAAUUUCAUCACCUGCCCAGAGAAAUACUUUGACAACAAAACCUUAAAAUCGAUAAUAAAGAAAAACGAAUCUUUCAAAAAAGUACAAAAGUAAUACUAUAAUUUGAAUCUGAGAAUCAGUUCUCCAAGGUGAUAGACAUCAAUGUAUAAUCAGUCGCAAAUUACCCAUUUGUUAUAUGAG